AUGGCGGAAAGUCAAGGCCCUGUUGUUAAUUCGGUUGCCAUCAUCUUUGCUGUGAUAUCCUUUUUCGCUAUUGUCCUGCGUAUUUGGGCCCGAGCCUUUAUCGUCAGAUCUCUGGGAGCCGAUGAUUAUUUAAUAUGCGUGGGAGUGCUAUUAUCGUGGUCGUUCAUCGCUUGCACUAUUGCCUCCGUACAACAUGGCCUCGGUAGCCACUACAUCGACGUCCAGAAGCGAGGGAUCCAAAACAUGAUUGACUACUCCCAGAUCGUGUGGCUGUCUUCCAUCUUUUACAACGCUUGCCUGGGAUUCAUCAAGAUCUCGGUCCUAGCCCUCUACAUGCGUCUAGGCGAUCCAAAGCUGCGCAAGGUCGCUCUUGUCAUGGUCGGCGUCGUCAGCUGCCAGGCUGGCGCAAAUGUGCUGGCUUGCAUCUUCCAGUGUUCGCCCAUUCGUGGAGCAUACGACGUCACGAUUCUUCCCAAGGACAAGAAAUGCGUCGACAUCAAUGCAUUCUACCUGGCUAACGCAGCUGUAAACAUUAUGACGGAUGUUCUCACAUACACGCUACCAAUUCCCCUGAUCAUCAAGCUCCGGGUAUCUAGACGGCAGAAGAUCAGUCUAGCCAUCAUUUUGGGCCUGGGACUUUUUGCUUGCGUCUCCUCCAUUGUCCGAAUCACAUACAUCCCCCCAAUGCUCAGCUCCGACGAUCCAACAUGGGUCAUCGCAGGCGCCAUGUACUGGUCCGUCAUCGAAACCAACAUCGGAAUCCUCGCCGCCUCCAUCCCCUCGUACAAAGCAAUUGCGAAACGAUACGCUCCUCGCCUGCUCGGCAGUUCAGGCAUGUCCAGUGACAAACUCUCCGGCUUCAAGCCAAUGCCUCUUGGCCCAAUGAGCCGAGACCGCACUACACCUUCAACUACGACCAAGAUCGAGUUUGAGAACCGAAUCAAUAAUCGGCUGGAUGACAAUAGCAGCGAGGAAGUGCUUGUGGCGCCCGACGGCCGCAUUGGGGUUAGAACGGAGAUUAUCCAUCACUCUGAAAAUGCUGUAGGGGCCGGGAUAGCCAAGCAGGGGACAGGAGGUGCUGCAGGAUUCGGUAGGGUAUGA